AAAAAUUGAAAAAAGAAUCAAAAGAAGUAAAAAAGAAUGAUAAACUAAAAGAAAGAAAACUUAAGAAAAUGCAGAGAAAAAACUUAUCAGCCCAGCACUCUGUGAUUCAACAGCAGAUACAGCAGCAAAUCCACUCAGCUGAAACAAAUGUCUCAUUUGGUGAGACUUUGAAAUCGUCAAUGAGAUUGAUUAGGUCAAUGAAUAGUAAUGUUAACUCUAUUAUCCACUCCUCCAGUAGUAAAUAUUCUACCAUGGACAGCAGCAUCGCUAGAGAUAGGUUGAGCAGAAGAGUAAAUAAUAAAUCUUUAACGCAAAGCAAUCCGUAUCUUGAUACCAGAAUUGUGACCUCCUCUUUGGCCCCGGACGUUGUAGCUGAUACUGAAGCUGAUUUGCACCCCAUAGAAAAUGUUGAACCAGUUGCUAGUGUUUCCGUUAUUGAGGACAUUAAUGGCUCCGAAGUUCAUGAUAAACAGCUCGAUAAUUUUGCUGGUCUUACGAGACAGCCACAAAUAAUUGAGCCUCCAACACCAGAAGUCGUUGAUAUUGUUGAGUGUUUUGAUCCCCCACAAAAUGCCCUUCCAUAUUUGGGGAAAGCUGGAGAAGUUGAUAAAAACUUAAGAUUAUCUCAUUUAAUAAAAUUAGCGAAAGCAAGGAGAGAACUUGUCCCAAUACUGAACGACUAUUAUACGUGCUCUUUUUGGAACCAUAGAGCUUUACUUUCUGAUUGUGCUAUGCCUCAGUCGUUUUAUAAGGUAGCGUACCAAUAUUUCGGAGAAUCAAUCAACGUCAACCAUUUUGUUGAGCUUGUUGGCGUUAAUCGGCUAUCGAGAGUAGGGUGGCGGUUACCAUGUACGAACUUACAGCAGUCGAACUUUGUCACAAGGUAUCUCGCAGCAGUCGAAAACUAUAAGCAGCAAUGCAAUACUCAUAUACCAAUAGUCAAAAAAGAUUGUAAUGGAAGGUGGGUAACUGAGAAGUCACCGUUGUAUUUAGGAGCUGAUCUGAAUGAAAUCCUUAAUUCUCUUCCUAGUGGUAGGAUUAUUGAUGAGCAAUUUCCUACGUUGGGAAGAAUUUCAAGUGAAGAAAGUGCAACACAGGUAAGAGUUGAAAUUCAAACAGGCGGUGAUGGAAAUAAAUUGAGAGUUUUUAGCAACUCGAGUGAAACAAGAACACCAAAAAAUUCAAGUACGUCGAAAGCUCGAAAUAUUGAACAAAAACUUUUGAAGAACGUUGAUGCUGAAGCAUACUAUAUACCUCCACCUAUUGUAAAAGGUAGUGAUGAAAAAGAAAACCUUGCAGGAACAUUCAACCCCUGGAUUGAUUCCACCUCUAGUAGUCAGGAAGAAAAGUUUUGUUUUUUGUCAGAACACGUUAUUGCCAAAAAUUCAAUGAUAUCAGUUAAAUCUACCAGCAUCGAGCAUACGUCAGCAAAAUGUGAUUCUGAGGAUGAGAAAUUGAAAGAUUCAGAGGCACAGUUUUUCACACUGGAUGGUGAAAUUUCCACAAGUCAGUCAGAUCGGAUCAGCUUCCACACUUGCGAUUUAAGUCUCUCACCUUGUGGAACUGAAGUUGAGAAAAUGAUUGAUGAAAAGACAGACUUCUUGUUUUCAAGCGUUGAGGCCAGAUUGAACAGAAUUCCAAUUAACGAACGUACUAGCAUGACCGUUAUUCAAUGCGUCGAAGAGGAAAUGGCAACGAGACCACCACGUAUGAGAAGUUUCUUUUAUGAAAGCAAAGCUAAUUACCUCAAAACCGGAAGUCCAAUCGGUCCAAAAUUUGAGGCUGUUACAAAACAAUCAAGAGGAUUCACCUCUAGCUCAGAUUAUGGCUUAGGAGUUGAUAUUAAUGAUUUUGUUGAUAAACCAGAAAUUUGCCCAAAUGCUUUAGUUUCAGAGACCGCGUUUGGUAAACCAAUAUCCUGUACUGCAUCUGAAAAGAAUUCAUCCAAUGUCCAAAGUGUUGGGAAACUUGCACACUUUAAUACUUUCAACUCGAAAGCAAAUCGAAACAUCUUAAAUCCACUGGCGGAAGCAAAAAUUGUAGAAUUGGAAAGAAAGUGUGUUUCUUCAGAAACUAGAGCAGAAGAUGAAACUGAACUGACUACUAUGGAAGCAGAAAAAGAGUUUGAAAACUGUGAUAUUUUAAAUUUCAAAUGCAAGGCCAACAGUUGGGUCAGCGAUGACAAGAACGUAAUCCAUGAAGUUGCUGAUGUCUUGAAAUCAAAAACUUCUUGGGAAAGUAGUAGCAAACUAGAUGCUCGAAUGAUCAACGAUCUUGAGAUGCCACAAAAAAAGACUGAUACCAAUACCAGGAGUAGGUUGGUUUCGAUGAGCGGUGAUGCAGCCAACGAAAUUGACUGUGAAAUUGUUGAUUGCAGUAACAAAUACGCUGGUGUUGUAGUCCAAGUUGAGGAACUUGAAAACCUUUUCAAGUUAAUGCUGCAAGACAAAGUAGAUCAAGACAGAUUGGAAGCCUUGUUUUCGAGAGAAUCAAGUUCAGCUCGCUCUAUUUCCAAAGAUUACCUUCCGAACAUCAAAGCUGCUUCUGACAUCCAUGAUGCACGAGUAAGUACGGCAAACACCAACUCUAGUGAUGGUGCUACUGAUAUCCUAGACAUAAUUGAUGAUUAUGCUAUAGAAGGGUCUUGUCUUCUGAACGAUGAAAAUCAUAGCAUGAACGCCAAUAGAUUAUGUCUGAAAGUAUUCUAACAGAAGUUUGAUUAGGGUAUCUGGGAAAUAAAUCUAGAAUGAUAAAACUAUAAAGCUAUUGAUUAAAUUGUAAAUUUUAUAAUUGUAAGUUGAUGUAUUAUGUAGCGGGAGUUCAAAAAAUAGAUGACGUUU